CCUCGUGCUGUUAAUGGUUAAUGGUGUGAAUUUCCAGUUUGCCGGUGAUCUUUUCGGAGCAAAGUAUUUAGCGCUCAACGAUAAUCUGGUGUGACUGCAGAUUAUUUAUCACUGCCUCAAGAGUAAAAGUAGCACCGAAGCAAAAUGGCCACGAAACGUCUGCUGCCCCUAUUGGACCGCGUUCUUAUUCUCCGCGCGGAGGCACUCACUAAAACGAAGAGUGGACUCGUGAUCCCAGAGAAAGCACAGUCGAAGGUGCUGGAAGGCACAGUGGUCGCGGUUGGGCCCGGUGCGCGUAACACCCAGACCGGCGAGCAUGUGCCGCUGGCCGUGAAGGUCGGCGAGAAGGUGCUGUUGCCCGAGUACGGUGGCACCAAGGUUGAACUGGGCGACACCAAAGAAUAUCAUCUCUUCCGGGAAGCCGACAUUCUGGCGAAGAUCGAAUAAGAGCACUACCAACGGGUGCGCUGCGGAACAAACAAAAAGACACGGUCGGAGAAAGGAACAUAAGCCGCAGACAAGUAGCGGCACACACAGUGAAAUGGGAGGAAAAUCUACCGGUUGUUAAUGAUUGUGAGGAGUUCGUUCGUUGGAAGGGCCUAGCAACAGGUGACGAUGUUGCGACCCGCCCGUGGUUUUCGCUUUUCUGCCGCUCGGAUCGUGUCGUGGACCACCAAAGGCAUGUCGAAUGCCGGUGAGGGGCUUCGCUUUGGUGCUCCUGUUACACGAUCCGUGAUCGGGUUGAACCCUCCCGCCCAUCAUCGAAUGCUACUCGUUUGAUCGUCAAGUUGAAAUGCUAGGACGCUUGAUCUUUCAAACGUAGCAGGCGAAGGGCGACGGAAAACGGUUAGUCAAGUAGGAUCGCGAAUGAUUUCAACAAUCUUUAAUAAAAAAGCAAAUCGAUUAAU